AAGAGAUCGGUUUUUGAAAAAAAAAAAAAAAAAUCCAAAAUUGUUGAGAUAAGAAAAUUUGUGCAGCAGAGACAUGGUGUUCCGCGGCGACACGGUGAUGUCCGUAGCCCAUCUAACGGCGGAGAUUACUCAGCGGUUACGGUGGAUUCCGGCGUCGGAUCGAAUCAGCAGCGGCGAGAUGUUGCAACUCGUCUGCUGUUUUCCGCUUCAACAAUUGGGUCGAUUCGUGUUGUGGUUCUGGAAUUAUAUCUGUGUUCCACCUCCAGAGAUUUUAUAUUUUGAUUAUGAUGAUGAUGAUGAUGAUGAUGAUGGUGAUCGUGAUAACGCUGAUGUUUAUGGACCAUCGUCGUCCUCUUCGAUCGUUACACAUCAUAAUUACUAUAAUCUUCAUUUGGAGUGAUGAAAUUUCGUCUGGGUUUGCUUGUAAAGUUUGUUUUUUUUUUUCAUAGGAAAAAAUGGUUCUUUUUUUUAUAUAUCUUCUUCUGGAGAUUCUUGGGAUUAUUGGAUUAAUCGGAUUAUGUUUCUUAAGCCUUGGUUAUAGAAUCAGAGAAAUGUUUAUAGCUUACCUUUCAUCAUUUUAGCAGUCAAAGGAGCUUGUUUAGAUCUAUUACUUGCUCGUUUAUACCAGCUCUUGAAUCUUGAUUGAUGGAGAUAAUGAAGUUCUUCGAGUUUAUUCUCGCAAUAUUGGAAAUAUUGGUUUUGAUCUAAGAAUGUUUGGUUAGUUGAGCCUCUUCAAUGUGUUUAAUCUGGUUCUUCAUUGAUACCGAUUAUCAAGCAAUUCGGGAUUAUUUUGUUUUCGGAAAAUCGGUUUGAUCUAUAAAUGUUUUAGAGUGUUUAACCAGGAGAUUUAUGAAGCAAUUAGGAGGGUAAAGAUUAAGGAUGUUGAGAGCUCAUUAAGCUUAAUUUUAGCUUAGAAUUUUCGGUAGAUCAGUCUUUUGUCGAUCAUUUCUAUUGUUCUUGAAGGGCCCUUAUAAGGUUACAUUACAUAUGGCAUAAUCCGUAGAUAUGAUCAAUGGUAUAAUGCAUACCUUUACGUUAUCAGAAACUAUUGUGGAUGAUCAAGUUCAGGAAUUUUUCUUUAUCUGUGAUCCUUCGAGAUCAUUUGUUGCAGUAGGGUGGUCUCAGGAUAAAGCAAAGGUUUGAGAAGUUUAAUAGAAGUUUAAUGGAAUCCAAUUCAAGAUUUUUGUUGCCAUUUUCCACGGAAGGAAGGACAAUCUAUGGAAUCCAAUAUUCCGACUCCUUUUAUUUUCCCUUUCUUUAGUUAAUAAUUUUUUAGAUUAUGUUUUUUUUUUAAUUAAAAAAAAUCAAAUAAAAUAUG